UAGUUACUAAAUAGACUUAAAAGCAUAACAAAGAUUUCUCAUUUUCGUGAUAAGCGAUAACUAUCAGUUAUCAAAAUGAAAUUAAAACUUUCUUCGUUUAAAGAACCUAAACAUGUUGGAGUUGUAGUCAGUGUUAGUUGGAAUAACACAGAAGACGUAUUUUCCUGCGGGGACGACCACAAACUAUUGAAAUGGAAUUUAGUGAACAGCGAAUGCAUGGUGGUCACGACGUUCCCAGACGAUUUCUACCCAACUGGCAUGCAUUUGUUUCCAAAAAUCAACCAAGGGGCAAAUAAGCAUCAACACGAUGUUAUACUAGUCGGUUCUGCUGACGGAAAAUUCCACAUAGUAAAUCAUAACGGCCGCAUAGAAAAAAGUGUCACCGCCCAUCAAGGCGCCUGCCUUGUCGCACAGUGGAGCCCCGACGGAGCCAGCCUUUUGACGGCCGGCGAAGAUGGUUUUGUCAAAAUAUGGUCUCGCAACGGGCUUCUCCGGUCAACUUUGGUGCAGUCGGAUGUGUCAUGUUACAGCGCAGUCUGGAGCCCUGAUAGUGGCGCUGUUUUACAUACUAAAGGAGAUUUCCUCGCUAUAAAAUAUUUGAACUCAGGCUCGAAGGUGACAAAGUGGAAAGCACAUGAGGGCAUCGUAUUAUGCGUUACAUGGAAUGCUAAUAACAACCUCAUCAUAUCUGGUGGAGAAGACGGAUUUUUCAAGAUUUGGGACACGUUUGGCCAGCAGAUUUCAGUCAGUGUAAAACAUGAUCAGCCCAUAACGAGCGUCAGUUGGGCCCCGGCGGGAGACCUUUUUGUGAUUGGUAGCUACAACCUGAUAAGGCUAUGUAAUGCUAAUGGGUGGUCCCAUUGCCUAGAUCGUCCAUCGACGGGUAGUAUUUAUAGCAUCGCCUGGUCAUCCGAUGGCACGCAAUUAGCAGCUGCUUGUGCUAAUAGCCAAGUGCUUUUUGCACAUAUUAUUGACAGAGAAUACACGUGGAAGACUUAUGCCUGCACACAAACCGGUCGCAAAGUCAUCGCCAUCAAAGACAUCACAACCGACCAGAGUGAUCAGCUCGACUACCCCGACAGAGUGAUACAGAUUGCUCUAGGCUUCAACCAUCUUGUGAUUGCGACAGUCAAGCAAUGCUUCAUACACAAACUGACCUCGUGGAAUACACCAGUGACGUUCGAUUUAAAAGAAGGCACUAUUAGCAUGAUUUUGCUGGCGGAAAAAUGUUUAUGCAUAGUUGAGCGUACGGGAGUGUCUAUCUACAGCUACAUGGGACGACUAUUAGCCAGCCCGCGAUGGGGUGCCCGUCCUGAUACUUUAGGGCGCUCUGCCCUAUCGUUGGGUCCUGAUGCUCUUGCAGCUAUUGAUCAGACUGACAGGAAAUUGAUUCACGUUUUCGAUCUGCCAACUGGGCUUAUCGUACGCAGUUCUACGGACAAUACUGUCACGAAGCUGACCCAUAAAAUGACGGUGUCAACCAUAGCUCUCAGUCAAACGGGACCUAUUUCUGAGAGGCAGUUGGCAUUGUUAGACUACAACAGAGACCUGUACGUCGCUACUGUUAAAGAUAACAAACCUAAGUUUGUUAAAUUGGGGUCUCAGAUCCUAAGUAUAGCGUGGAGUGCUGAGACGGAACUACUGGUUGGGCUACGAGCCAGCACUGCCGUAGCCUGGUGCUGUCCCAAGGCCGCCACUCAGCCAGAUUGGCUAGCAUUGACCACAGUCAGUAAGGAGAUCUCUGAUCUGGGUCGCAACCCGACGGUAAUGAGCGUAGAGGACGGCGUCGCACGGAUCUGUCGCGGCAACGGCUCGCUACUGCACGUUUCUUUAGCAACUUUCCCGGAAAAGUUGCUCAAACACGUCGCUGCUAAUAUGUGGCAAGCGGCUUUACAGCUGUGCCGGACGGUGGAAGAUGACACUUUAUGGGCGUGCCUUGCUGUACUGGCUUGGCAACAUCACCAACUGAGCGUAGCCGAAGAAGCCUUUUCGCUUAUAAGACAGUAUCAUCAAGUGUGCUAUAUACAACAUCUAAGGAACACAAUCCCGGAGCGAUUGACAUCCAAUGAAAUAUCGGCAAAGUAAUAAAAUAAUAUGCAAUUCGUUAGAUAUUA